GUUUUGUUUUGUUUUCGGUUUGAAUUUCCGUUGGUCAUUUGGUCUCAUUGAUUAAAUUGUUCUUUCAUCUUUUAAUUAACUUAUCAUCUUUUGGUUUGAUUUUUAAUUUCUUUAAUCAACCACCUGUUCGACACUUUUACCAUCUUCACUCUAACAUAUUCUUUAUUGGAAUCAUAAUGGCUACGCAAAAAUUAUCCAUUGACUCUGAUGAUCGGAAGGAUUGCAAAGUUAUUAUUCUUCAUGCCAAAGUCGCUCAGAAAUCCUAUGGAACUGAAAAAAGAUUCUUCUGUCCACCACCUUGUAUCUACCUGUAUGGUGAAGGAUGGCAAGAAAGAAAAGAAAGAAUGAGAAAAGAAGGUUGUUCAGAAGAUGGAACUCAGGUCUACGCUUUCAUCGGCAUCGGAAGUUCCGACCAAGACAUGCAACAGUUACAUUUCAACGGAGAAAAUUUCUGUAUGGCUAAAACAUUGUACAUUAGUGAUUCUGACAAAAGGAAACAUUUCAUGUUGUCAGUGAAAAUGUUCUAUGCCAAUAGUGAUGAAAUUGGAACAUUUAACUCGCGAAGAAUCAAAGUGAUAUCAAAACCAUCCAAAAAGAAACAAUCUCUCAAAAAUGCAGAUUUAUGUAUUGCCUCAGGAACGAAAGUUGCUCUUUUCAAUCGUCUCAGAUCCCAGACAGUUAGUACGAAGUAUCUACAUGUUGAGAAUCAAAAUUUCCAUGCAAGUUCACUCCAGUGGUCAGCGUUCACCAUUCACCUUCUCGACGAUAUGGAAGAGGAAUCGGAAGAGUUCACAGUUCAAGAAGGUUACAUUCACUAUGGAGCGACUGUUAAGCUCGUUUGCGCUGAUACUGGAAUGGCACUGCCACGAUUGAUUAUUCGCAAAGUAGACAAACAAGAUGCUCUGCUGGAUGCUGAUGAUCCCGUUUCUCAAUUACAUAAAUGUGCUUUCUACUUGAAAGAUACUGAAAGAAUGUACUUAUGUCUUAGUACCGAUAAGAUUAUCCAAUUUCAGGCCACUUCGUGUCCAAACGCCCCAAAUAAGGAAGUUUUGACCGACGGGGCUUCAUGGACAAUCAUUAGCACCGACAAAGCGGAAUAUACAUUUUACGAAGGUCGAGGUCUCAUCAAAAGCGGAGUAACUCCAGUUCCAAUUGUUCAUAGUCUAAGUUUAAAUGGUGGAGGUGAUGUUGCCAUGUUGGAAUUGAUUGGUGAAAAUUUCAGUGAGUCAUUAAAAGUACACUUUGGUGAAGUUGAAACAGAAACAUUUUACAGAUGCCAAGAAAGUUUACUCUGUGUGAUCCCACAAAUUUCCGAAGUUCGAGAAGGUUGGGAAUGGGUUCGGCAGCCGACAACCGUUUCCAUUUCAUUGGUUCGUCCUGAUGGUCUCAUCUAUUCAACAGGUUUGACCUUCACUUAUACACCAGAACCAGGACCUCGACCUCAUUGUCCCGAAGUUGAUAAAAUAGUUCGACCUGAUCGAGCUGAUCCAUCUAACGCUAAAUACCAUCAUCGACACCACAACAACAACAACGACAAUCAAUAUACGGGUCAAAUUUUCGGUACAUGGACUGAUUGUGGUGAUAUACGAGUUCGACUUCGUCAUCCAAACGAUCAACCUCUUUGACCUGACUCACAAUUUAUGUGAAAUCCUAAACUUGAUACAUCUCUUAAUUUAUUAUUGGAUGAAUAUAUUUUUUUUCAAUUCAAUUAAGUCAAUCUAUACAAACAAUAAUCUACAUAUUUAAACAAAUAAGACCCUCACAAUCAACACGCACAUAAAACUAUUUAGUCAAUCAACAUGUCGCACAAACACAAAGAAACAAAAUUAACUAUAAAUUGUAAAUAACCAACAUUUAAUUUAUGUAAAUAUUAUAUUUUAUUAAUUGUAUCAUUUGUUACAAA